AUGAAAGAAUAAAGAAAUGUCAAUUAUUUAUUGGCUAGCAGGCAAUUAAAGAAAAAGAAAAAAAUAAGCAAAAGGAAUAAAUAAAUAGAGUAGAAGCAAACAAAAAAUAAUCUUAAAUUAUAGGUCAACAUCUUCAUAAAACUGAGUUAAUUUUCUGGGAUAGACCGCAGAGAGAGUGUGGGGAAUAAUCUUUUAUUGUCCAGAAACAUCACUGGCGGUAGCAAUAAUUCUCCUCGCAAUUCUCCAUUACUUAACCCUAAUCAAUCAGACAAACUACUUGUUCCAUAAAAGUUAAAGCUAACAAAUUAGCAUUCAUAAAAUAACAGUCCAAAUCACUAAAGGAUUGCUUCAAACAACUUAUAGUUAGGAUAAAGCAUAUAUUCGAAUGAUGAAGCUAUGAAAAAUCAAUCUCCUACUAGUAACAGUGGUUGCAUUAACAACUAAUUUAGUUUGUUAAGUUAGCUUAGCCCUAAGAAUGCUAAUUAAAAUGGAGUAGCUAUCAAUGCAAAUUAAUUAAAUUCCCCUAAUUUAAACCUUUAAAAGAUGAGCAGUGGCAACAAUGAUUGUGGCAGCAGUGGUAAUCAAGCAAUUAAUCCUAACAGCAGCUCCAACAAUAAUGGCUCAAAUAACAAUAAUAACAAUAACAAUAAUAAUAGUAACAAUAAUAACAAUUGUAGCGGUAACAACAGUAGUGGCAAAGCUAAUACUUUAUCAAACUAUACAACUUACAUUCCAUAUGAUAAAAUGCUUUAGGGAAUGGAAGAAGAGGACAUUCUUGACACUGAUGGUGGAAUAGUUUUUCAGCGUGUAAUUGAUAAACAAUACCAUAUUCGAUACACUUAGAUGAUGAAGAUAGUGAAAAGUGAUUAAGAAUACUAAAAUAUGCUUGAUUAAAUAUAAAUGUAUUAAAGUAUAAAACACGAGGGCAUAAUCAGCAUUAAAAAGUGGUCAUGCGAGUUGUUCCUCGACAAAAAUAUGAAGCGCUCUCAUAAAUUUUUAAUAAUUUUUGAUGGAAUCAGUGAGAGACUCGAUUAAAGAUAUCCAAAUAAUGGAAAGAAAACCCUUUUAAGUGCUUUUAAAAAUGAUGACUUUAGAAACUUUGUAAAUAUAAUUCAAGCUGUUCAAUAUCUGAGCUCAAUUAAAGACCCGAACUUUACUAUUUCUCCUUUAUUACCAUGCAAUUUUGCCUUCUCUUAUGAUAACACUUUCAAAUUUAUUCCUUAACCUUUCUUAAUUACUCCGAAAAUAAAAGAAAGAAUGAAAGAAUAUGAAAAUAUGUACGCUCCUCCUGAAAUAGUUAAAAAUUUCAAGUUUUACAACUAAGAGAAAGCUUCAAUAUUUUACAUAGGAAUGAACCUAUUGCUAAUGCUCACAAACGAAAUCAAAAAAGAAGCAAACACAAGUCUUAUUGAGCAGCAAAGAUUGUUAGAAUUUAUUAAAAAAACAUAUUGCACUGAUCUUAAAAAUGUAAUUGAAAAAAUGAUAGCUCUUGACCCCAACGACCGCUACAGUUUUUCCUAAAUCGUAGCUUACAUUAGAAAAUAGAGUAUUUACACUAGCAUUGAAACUAUAGUGGCCGACACUUUUACAAACAGUGAUGACUAUGAUUUCUUUGCCCAUUCUGGAUUCAUUCAAAUUUAGCAGCCGAAAUAUAAAUUUAUUGCCACCGUAUUCCCUUUUACUAAAAGACUUGUUCAAUCUAAUCUAUUUGAUGAAAAAAGAAUAUUUAUUGAGCAGCUAGAUCUAGACGUCGAUAUUCUAAUCCCGGAUGAUACAGCUGUUCUUACAGGCGACAACUAUGAGGUAUGGCUAAUAGGAGGCAAAUAAAGUAAUGCAAUUUAUUUACUCAACGAUGAAGUACCUACGCUUACUCCUUUGGCUCAAAUACCUUGUUAAUACUAAAGAUAUGGGUUUGGAUACUGUAAUUUCUCUUCUUAAUACAUAUUUUUAGUGAGUGGAUAUGUAGAUAGCGACACUCGCUUGACUACUCGAGUUGAUCGCUAUGAUGUUGCAACUAACGAAUGGAAAUAAAUGGAAAAUUGUAUUUUCGCAGCGAAUGGAAGCACUAUUGUUGUGUUCAAUAAUAACACUAUAUACAAAUUCGGAGGUAAAAAUGACGAAGGGCAAAUUAUUGACCAACUAGAAAAAUAUGACAUCUAAAAUAACAAAUGGGAAAUUCAAAGUUUUAGAAUUUAAAAGGGUAGUGAAGAUAUAGCAUUUUUUAAGUCUCUUGCAAUUUAAAUAAAUCCAUGCUAGAUAUUGAUUUGUGGUGGUUUUGUCUUCAAUAAAGAAACUAAAAACCGUGAACCAAAUUAUAACUUCCACUUCCUAAAUAUAGACGAUAAAGCAGUUAAUAUUGAUAAAGCACGCAAGCAAACGUAUGCAGAGUUCUCUAAAGCGCCAAAAAUUGUUUUCCCAAAAUCCAAGCAAAAAGAGCAAGAAGAAGAUAUUUAAAAUAAAUACGACUAUAAUUACAUUAAAUUAAAACAGUAGCAGCUUAGAGAAAUUUAAAUAGAUUGUUUGGUCAUGGCUCAAAACAGCAUUUGGUUUGUUUAAGCAAAGAAUAAAAUGUCCAAGGUCUUGUACAAAUACAACCAUCAACAGAAUGUUACAGAGUUCAAAAAAAUUAACUACUGA